AUGGCACUGAGAGUGACUCCAAAAGUGACGACUGAACAAUUGACGCUGUUGUGGCUGCUGUUUGUAAUAAUCGUAGCCGGCAACACGGCUGUGCUCGCGAACUUACUCCAUGGACACAGAAGGAAAUCCAGGAUGAAUUUUUUCAUCAUACAACUUGCCCUGGCAGAUCUCCUGGUGGGCAUAAUAUCAGUUCUGACUGACAUCAUCUGGCGGUACUCCGUGGCUUGGUACGCGGGAAAUUUUGCCUGCAAGGUCAUACGUUUCGCCCAGGUCGUUGUCACCUACAGCUCGACAUACGUCCUCGUUGCCCUCUCGAUAGACAGAUGCGACGCCAUCAUCCGGCCGAUGAAGUUCUCCAGAGGUUGGUGGAGAGCCAAGGCCUUGGUGAUCGCCGCCUGGGGCAUCUCUGCGUUUUACAGCGUGCCCAUAUUUUUUCUCUACGAGGAGAAAAUGAUCGAGGACAAGCCCCAGUGCUGGAUCGACCUGGGCUCCGAGACGAACUGGCGCAUCUACAUGACGAUAGUGAGCGUGACGUUGUUCGUCGUGCCAACCCUUAUAAUAACCGGCUGCUACGUGGUCAUCAUUUACACGAUCUGGUCGCAGAGUUCGAAGCUGAGGCAGGACGCGACACAGGACACCCGGAGAGCCUCGUCGCGCGGCAUCAUACCAAAGGCCAAAAUCAAAACAGUCAAGAUGACGCUUGUCAUCGUUUUCGUGUUCAUAUUGUGCUGGAGCCCGUACAUUGUGUUCGAUCUCCUACAAGUUUACGGACAAAUACCGAAAUCGCAGACAAAUACUGCGAUCGCCACCUUCAUCCAGAGUCUGGCGCCUCUCAACUCAGCAGCUAACCCAAUCAUUUACUGCCUCUUCAGUGCUCCCUUUUGCAAAACAAUUCGGAACACCCAGGCAUUGUCAUGGUUCUCGCGUUUCUGCUCGAAAAAUCCGCAACGCUGCUUUGGCAUGAACGUCCAGAAUAACAGCACGCGCACCACGACCGUCACUACGUCCCUGACGGCGCAUUCGAGUCGACGUAGCGGACACAUAUCCAUGAUCCAUCAUCCGUCAUCGAGGAAGCGUGUCAUGGUGUCCAUCGUUUAA